CGAAACCGGCUUCUUGCCGAAGAGAAAUGGUUUUCCACUAUCUUUGAAUCAGCAGAACAAGGUUAAGGUUAAAGCUUAGCAGCACAGUCCAGAGAUGGUUUAAAUACUCUGUUUCAGGGAACAAAAGAAUACAUGACUCCAAGUAUAAAUUAGCAGGACACUUAGACGACCAGCUUUCAGAUGAGUUCUUCAGGUAAUGAGGCAGAAGAAGGAAGCAGACCUGCAGGCAGUACCAGGACUCUUGCCUUAACAGUGUGCUCUGCUGCCAUUGGAGGAACCUUCCAGUACGGCUACAACAUCUCAAUCAUCAAUGCUCCUACCAGCUACAUCCAGAGCUUCAUCAAUGACACAUACAUGGACCGCUGGGAAACACCCUUGGAUAUCCCUCAGGUGACCCUGGUAUGGACCCUUAUUGUGUCAGCAUUCUCCUUAGGCGGUUUGCUGGGGGCCUUAUUAGCGGGGCCAAUGGCAGUCCGCUUUGGAAGGAAGCUAUCUCUGCUUUUGAACAACUCCUUCCUGUUGGUUGGUGCUGUUUUUGUGCUGACAUGUAAGGUAGCACGAUCCUUUGAGAUGAUCAUCCUCGCUCGUUUCCUGGUUGGAAUUAAUUGUGGAGUGAGUAUGAACAUCCAGCCCAUGUACUUUGGAGAAAGUGCUCCAAUACACCUGAGAGGCGCCGUGGCGUUUUCUUCGGCUGUUUUUACCGCAUUUGGGAUCUUCAUGGGACAGGUGGUGGGACUUACUGAGCUGCUGGGUUCAGAGCCUCUGUGGCCCUACUUACUGGUCAGUAAUGCUUUGCCAGCAUUCAUUCAGCUUGCGACUCUGCCUUGGUUUCCAGAAAGCCCAAGAUAUCUUCUCAUCGACCGUGGAGACAAGGAAGCUUGUGUCCGAGCUCUUGGAAGACUGCGUGGAGGAAAGGUUCCCGUCCUGGAGAUGGAGGAGAUGCUUCAGGAACAGCAAAUGUCUGCAGCUUUAAAGUCUGGUUUGUCAGCUCCUGCCAAGACGCCAUGGUCCCUGUUCAAAGAUCGGGACCUGCGCGCUCAACUUGGGAUAGUUAUGACUGCCAGCUCUGCCAUGAUGCUCUGUGGCAACGAUUCUAUCUACUUCUAUGCAUCCUACAUUUUUCUGGAAGCAGGGAUCCCACCAGAAAAAAUUCAGUAUAUCACCAUCGGAACAGGUGCAUCUGAGUUCAUCGCUUCCAUCCUUAGUAAUCUUCUGAUUGAGCGGGUGGGCCGCAGAUUCCUUCUCAUCGGAGGGUACAGUCUAAUGGUUUGUUGGAUUGUUGUCUUCACUGUUGCGCUUACGCUUCAGAGCCAAGGGGUUGCAGGUAUGCAGUACCUUAGCAUGGCAUGUGUGUUUGCCUACAUCCUCAGCUUUGGCUUAGGCCCUGCGGGGGUCACAGGGAUCUUACCAGCCGAGAUUUUUGACCAGACGUCCCGGCCAGCUGCCUACAUGGUCGCUGGCUCGCUUAUGUGGCUCAGCCUGUUUUUGAUGGGAAUGUUGCUCCCCUUCAUUGUGAAUGGAUUAGGAAACUACUGCUUUCUACCCUUCCUGGUUGUCUGUUUGGUCUCUGCUGUCGUUUUAGGUCUAACAAUGCCGGAAACUAAAGGUAAGACUCUGGCACAGAUUACUGCCGAGUUCGAUAGAAAAAAAGGAAAGGCCAUGCGAGUUGAUGAGCCCGAGCAGCACCCGCUAGGCGAAGCAAGCUCCAAUAAUACACUGGCAGAUAAUCCAGAAUCUGACCAUAAAACUGACUAACUUUUAGAAAACGUGGUUUUGAAACAGAUAUAUUUUUAUUUAUUAAUGCACUUUAGAUAUUCAUGGCUUCUAUUUACUAUCCAUUGUUAAUGUUUAGUCUGAUUUUGUAUAUUUUUUUCUUUUUGCUUCAAAUUUAAAAAGUGUGUUACAUUUACUAUCUUUGUUCCACUUUUAUGAUGUAAAUGGAGGGAGAAAAGGCAAAAGAGACUGAAGAACUGACCCUCAAAUUCAGCGAGACAUUUUGGAGAUCUGUUAGACAAAUGUAAAAUAACCAGUAUUGGCAUCAGUCUUGGAAAAAACUAUCGAUUGAUCUCUACCAGCGGUACCAAAAAGUUUGCAGGGAUCUAGACUAUGGAUGAAUAUGUGGCUAUGCACAGAGGUGUCAAAAGUAUUAAUCUUUAUUACUCAAGUAAAAGUAUAAAUCCUACUGUUUAACAACACUUUAGAGAAGCUAAAGUAUCAACGUAAUCUUUAUUACUCAAGUAAAAGUGCCUUAAAACUACUUUAGGUGUAAAAGUAAAAUUAAUGCAGGAUAAAAUGUAAACCUUAUACUGGUUACUGCACUACCGUAUUAAAGGAAAAUUCUUCUACAAUUCUGGCUUAGACUUUAUGGAGGAUAAAAAGUGCCAAAAUUAAAUGAAUAAAUACAGCAUUAAAUAAAUAAUUAAAUGUGUCAAUAAUUAAUUAAAUGUGG